CGCAACACACUGACGUCAAGGUGAUCAAAAGUCUUGCAUACAUACACCAAAAUAUUCCUACAAUAAUUUUAAACGUAACACGAGGAGAAAGACGACCUAUGGAAAGAGUCCAGGGGAUGUAGACAAUAAAAGUCUAAAACUCUAUAAAAGAAGAAAGAAAGGAAGAGAGAAGACACCGAGGUAAGAAUUUAUGGAAAGGUAACUUACGAAACCUCUUUUCGUAGUCUAGUGUGCAACGACGCAGCAAGAAGCUGAAGUCUGGACGAGGAGGAGGAAUGUUGAUAAUAACAAUAAGACUUGAUGAGGAAGAGAGAGAAGAAUAAGAAGACCUUAGAUAAUCAUUACCUUGUUCUUGAGUGCAUUCACAUGCUGGAAGCAAAAUAACACCGAGCCUAGAUACACAGGUUCUCCCAAUUGCAAGCUGUCUUUGUACAGAUUUGACUUCAGAAAAGAUUACUGAGUUUGGCUGCAAUAUAUUGAAAUGAAUAAUUCAUUGGUUAUAAGAAAGCAGUACAGAAGGAUAUUUUCGGAAGUGACAAGACUGUGCUCGCAAUAUGCCUUUGUUCCGAAACACCACCCAUGUGAAAAUUGGGCUGUGGAUCAAAUGCAAGAGUUUGUUGACAAUCACAGAAAGAUAUUUGUACUAACAGGAGCAGGUAUAUCAACAGAGAGUGGUAUUCCAGAUUACCGCUCAGAAGGUGUUGGUCUUUAUGCUACAAGUAAUAAACGUCCAGUGCAGUUUAAGACAUUCAUGGAUUCAGCAAAAGCUAGACAAAGCUACUGGGCAAGAAAUUACAUAGGUUGGCCGAGGUUCUCCACUUUCCAGCCUAAUAUUACUCAUCUGACACUUGCUGAAUGGGAGAAAAAAGGGAAAAUUCAGUGUGUUGUGACCCAGAAUGUUGAUCGCUUGCACCACAAAGCUGGGAGUACAAAAGUUCAUGAAUUACAUGGUACAGCUUUUAAUGUUAUAUGUAUGUCUUGCUCAAAGAUGGUGGACCGACACAGCUUCCAAAGCAGGCUACGGAUCUUAAACCCCCACAUGUCCUCCCACUCAUCUGAAAUACGGCCAGAUGGUGAUGUAGAGCUUACAGAGGAGGAAGUUAACCAGUUUCAAGUACCACCAUGCAAACACUGUGGCGGCAUCAUGAAGCCAUAUAUUGUCUUUUUUGGAGAUAAUGUUCCCAAGGAUCGUGUUGAGAGAGUGAAGCAAGAACUCAGUGAAAGUGAUGGCCUGCUAGUGUUGGGCUCCUCCUUAUUUGUUUACUCAGGGUAUAGGUUUAUUCUACAGGCUGUAGAUAUGGGGAUACCACUUUGUGCAGUAAAUAUUGGUACUACCCGAGCUGACAAGCACUUAGAUUUCAGAAUAAGUGCGCGUUGUGGAGAGGUGCUUCCACAGAUUGUUGUUUAGCAACAAGUAUUUUAGACAUUGUCAGUUUUAAUUAAUAUAUUGUUAUAUGUUUUAAUCUUUUGGAAUUUAGUUGUUUAUUAAAUGAAGAAAGGUUAUGAAUGUUUAUUUUUUAUUGGUGUAUCAAAACAAUGAUUGAAUAUUUUUUGAAAGACUUUUGUAAAUAUUGUCAUAUGUACAAACUUCAAAGUAAAGAAAAUUAUUGUUAUGAGAGAAAUUGAAUUUCUGUCUAUCUGUUUAUCUCUCUAUCAGUUUGUAUGUUUGAAUAUUUAUAUAUUUAUUUAUCAAUGAGAUGAUUCUUUGCAUCUUGGAACAAAGCUCAACAAAGUCAAUCCAUUAGCGCUAUGAUGCAGUCAUAUGUAGCAUUCAUUCAUUCAUGCCUACAUGCCAUUGCCAUUGAAGUGCAUUUGAUGCCCGAAACAAGACCUGACAUUGGUGCUCUAUAUUUCCCCCCAAGGUUGCCAUCCUUUCGUUGGUUUCCCCUCAAACUAUUUUGAUAGUGCCCCUUCGGCAUGUCUCAGGUAGAUGACAUUGUAGGAUGCAUAGACCCCAAAUCUGGCUGAUUAGGUGUAACAAAUUAGAGCAAGAGCAAUGUAGAUUUGAUGCUUACAUUGCUGACACAGACACAUUUACGUGAUACACAUACACAAGCACCCUUUCAUGUGCAAAUACACAUGAAAAACACACAUGAACUUGUGCACACAAAAUUAUACAUCUGUAUUUGUAGGUGUAUUAUUGAAUGUGGACAAUAGCUGUUAUGAUUUAACAAAUUUUAUAUUUACAUGUACUAUUUAUUUACUGUAUUGAGAGCUAACAUUGAAAAUUCUAAUUAUUUAUUCAAUUUCUGAGUAUUCAGAAUUUGUUAUUAGUGUAUAUUGGCAAUUACACUAAACUAUAAUUAUUUUUUUGUAGUCAAGAAAAAAAAAACAACAGAUUACACUGUGUAACAUAUCUACAUUUUAAAUUAAACUGUGAGAUAAGUCUUUGUAUCACUGACCUAUCUGAUAUUAUAGUCCAAAGGUUGUUUAAUGAAUUUUUGAAAUUUUUGUCAAAUAAAACUCCUUUAUUCUGGU